UAAAUUUGGGCGCAUGUCGAAGAAACAACGGGAGAAGGUCGAAGAUGAAGUCAGAUUCCACAGGGCGCAGAUGAGGGCGGCUUCGGAGACGGCGCCGGACAGCAGCGUGUUCGAGCAUCAGACGCCGAGUAGUUCAGAUCAACAUCAUCCUUAUAAUGGCGGGUACACAUACGGCGGUAGCGAGUACGCGUCGUCGGGUCCCGGCACCGGCGGUUACACGAAUUACAAUCAUCAGGCGAUGACGAAUUACGAGCUUAGCGCCGACUACGUCGACAGCACGACGACCUACGACCCCAGACCGACGCAGACGCAGGUCGCAGACACCGUCGCGCCCGACACACCCUCGGCCGUAACCGCGACCGGGGUGCUGCCCAGCGUGGUCACUACCGGUAAGUAGUGCUUCAUUCGCAAUUCCUGAUGCACAUGGACCCGUUAAUCCCAGUACGAUGCGUGUAGUAAGCGCGCACUUUAUCGAACAAAAUAAUAAUAUUGUGACAUAUUAUUAUUAAUUGAUUGAUAAGACAUAUAAUUAGUUUUAAUACAAACAGAAAUCUCGUGAUAGAAUCGAAGUUAAUUUUUUUUUUAUCAUCAAGGGACAAUAGAGAUAAAAAAAGAAAACUCGUAUACAGUUCGAAUUUACUUAUGUAAAUAGGUUCUCAAAAUUAUUAUUUUCUCAGCUAUAGCGAUAUGGGUGUGUAUAUAUGUAUAUAUAGUAAUAUUUUCUAUGAUAAUAGAUGUUGUUGAUAUAUUGAAGAGAAUAAAGAUAGAAAAAUCUUAUUGAAUUCAAUUUUACGAAUAAUAACGAUAAUCUGAUUAUUAAAAUAUUAGGCUUGUUUUAUGCAAAUAUGAGGGAAUAAUAACGACAGAUAAUCUGCUUUUUUAGCUGGUUUCAAUUGAACUAUAUUUUAAGAGAGUUUAAUUACUAAGAUAUUUAAUGAGGAAAGUCAGAAAGUUUGAGAAAACAAAUAUCCAAUCAAAUUUCCAUUACGAAAAAAUGUAUUCCAAGUUGCUCAAAGAACUCUUGAAGAAGUGAACGACGACAAUUCUGAAACCACGCUGCAUAAUCCAAUUUUUGUGUCUUGCGCGAAAUACUCUUUCAGUAACAAAAAUAUCAUGUUUAUAUAUAAAUUGCAAAUUUUC